UAGGCGACAAUUUGGAUUUCCGUAAUUAAAGCAUUAAUGCUCACGACCCAGUAUCAAAUAUCAAGGCUACUAUUGCGCAAAUGUCUAGGCAAACGUAUUAAUUGUGAAAAUGUUCAGGCCAUUCUCUAUCGUCCAGCAAUGGAUUUCCAUUUUAUCCUCUCGGAAUUACUCGAAAAUCGGGGUCAUUGGAGCUCCAUUCGACAAAGGACAACGUAAAGAGGGUGCAGCUCUUGGACCAAGCUUCUUACGACAGGCGGGACUAGUAAAACAUUUGGAAGGAAUUGGUUGUGAUGUUCACGAUUUUGGUGAUGUUGACUAUGAGCCCAGUCAAGAGGAUGAGACUGUUAAGAAUGUACGGAACAUGAAAAAUGUGAUAGCUUUCAAUGAGAAGCUAUCACAGAAAGUCAGCAACAUUAUCAAAGAUGGUAGAAUGUGCCUAACUUUGGGAGGGGACCAUUCCAUUGGUGUAGGUACUGUGCAUGGGCACCUGAAAGCCCAACCAGAGACAUCCCUGCUCUGGGUUGAUGCUCACGCCGAUAUCAACACUCCAGCUACAAGUAACAGUGGGAACGCACACGGUAUGCCACUUUCGUUUCACAUCAAGGAGCUAACCGAAUACCAACCCGAGUUACCUGGCUUCCAAUGGCAUAGCCCAAUGAUUUCUGCUAGAAAUAUAGCUUUCAUUGGUCUCCGGGAUGUAGAACCUUAUGAGAGGUUAAUAAUCGAAAAAUUGGGAAUGUGUGCCCUGUCUAUGGAAGAAGUACAUGGAAUAGGCAUCAAAGAAGCCGUCAAAUAUGCUUUAAGUCGAAUCGACCCACGGAAUACUAGACACCUCCACGUCAGUUUUGACAUCGACGCCCUCGAUCCUCUUGAGGCACCAUCGACAGGAACCCCAGUUCGAGGAGGAUUGACGUUGAGAGAAGGAACCGAACUAUUAAGGAGUGUGCAUCGCACCGGUCGAUUGUCUGCUGUUGAUAUUGUAGAAGUAAAUCCACUCCUUGGCUCAGCAAGUGAUUUGAAGAUUACACUAGAUGCAGCUCGUCACUUGGCAGCAGCAGCAGCUGGUUAUUACCCAGGUGGAUGGGCUCCAAAAGGUAUCACCGAUAUACCCCAGUCUUAAACCAAAGAAGAAAUUUGUUAAGUGCAUCUUCAACUUUUACGAUCUGUUGAUUUUAUUCUUUAAUCAUACAUAUUAAAUUCAGCCAAAAAAAAAUUAUAAUAAAGUAACAAGGCCCAAGAAAUCUUACAAGAUCCUGUGCCAUUCCCUAAAGAUUUUCAAAUGGUAGUCUAUAACUAUUGCUGCCUCGUUUAUGGUGUUUUUGUUGCUGCUCAUUAAUACAAAUAAUCUCAUGCUAA